AACAAAAAUAAAAAAAUAAAAAAAAAUCUAAAAAAAGGAAAAACGUUCCUCUGUUUACUCUCUUUCGUUCCCUCUUUCUCUGUUUCUCUGCUAACUCUCAAUUUGGAUCUCUAAUGCAUCUUCAUCCAUUUUCGUUUUUUCUUCUCUUACCUCCAUUUUCAUUUUCAUUUUCAUUUUCCCGAUUUGAAAUUGUAGGGAUUGUUUGUGUUUAGCGGUGAAUGAAUGAUUUGUGGUGUGAUCAAGUAUAGGAUUGGGGUUUUGGUGUAAUGGCUUCGAAUCCUCCAUUUCAUAUGGAGGAUCAGGAUGAUGAGGAUUUCUUUGAUAAACUUGUUGAGGAUGAUGUAGGACCUGAUAAGUCUGGUUAUGAUGAUCAAGCCAAUGAUUUUGAUGAUGUCAAAGCAUUUUCAAAUCUAGGUGUUGGUGUUGAUGCUUCUGCAUUUGGAAAUUCAAGUGUUGGAGGAAGUGGUGGUGAGGUGAAAGAGAAAGAGAAAGAGAAAGAGAAAGAGGAUGGUGGAAAUGGACAGGAUGGUGUUAAUUCAUUUGGAUGCGAUGAUUUUACAUAUCGUGGUGAUCAUGGGAUGGAAUCGGGGAAUUCAUCGGGUUCGAGUGUGAGCAAGAACACCGGCAUUCCUAGUUCGGACGUUAAGGAAAAGGAUUGGAAUGCAUUUAAUGCCGAUUCAAGUGGUGGUGGUGUUGGGUUUGGAUCUUAUUCUGAUUUUUUUAGUGAAUUUGGGGAUCAAAAUGGGAAUGGAUAUCAUGAUGAUUCUAACACUGAGAUGAAACUUGGUAAUGAAAUUCCGGGAGAUCAAUAUGGGCAAGGCUAUCAUAAUUCUAAUACUGAGAUGAGACAUGGUAAUGAAAUUUUGAGUGAUGGCUUGAAUGCUUCGGUUGAUUAUGCGCAAUAUCAAGACGGUCAAAGUUAUGAUGCAUCUGCGAGAAGUAGUAUUUGUGGGGAAGACUUAAAUAGCAGUCAGUAUUGGGAGAGUCUUUAUCCUGGAUGGAAGUAUGAUCAUAAUACCGGGCAAUGGUAUCAAGUAGAUGACCAUAAUGCAACAAUCGCUGCUCUGGGAAGCUCGGAAGUCAAUACAGCUAUGGGUUGGAUGGCUGCUUCUGAUGCUAAACCAGAAGUCUCUUAUAUGCAGCAAACUGCGCAAUCUGUUGCUGGAACUUUACCUGAAUCUGGCAUAACUGAAACUGUACCAAGCUGGAAUCAGGGGUCACAAGUGAAUAACGGAUAUCCUGAACACAUGAUUUUUGAUCCUCAGUACCCUGGUUGGUAUUAUGACACUAUUGCCCAAGAAUGGGGCUCGUUAGAGUCUUACAAUUCAUCUGUUCAAUCUGCUUUUCAGGGACUUGAAAAUGGACAUGUGUCUACUGGUACAUUUUUGCAUAAUGGUAACAAUUUGUAUAGAGAUUAUGGUCAAGCCAGCUAUUAUGAGUCACAGAGUGUUGGUAGCCAGGUUGCAAAUAACAAUUGGAUCGGUUCAUAUGGUAUUAAUCAACAGCAAGGUUUGGACACACUCGCAACUGCCACUGCUACUAAAAGUGGGAAUUUUGCAACUUAUGGUGGAAACCAGCAAUUUGAUCAUUCAUUUGGUUCUAGUGUUUCUGUCAAUAAAGAUCAACAAAAUGCUUCUAGCUCAUUUGGAUCAGUUCCAUUUUACAAUAAAGUUAACAAUGGUCACGGUUUGGCUAAUGGAAUUGUUGAAACGCAACGCUUUGCCCCUAGUGGGAACUUUGGUCAACAUUUUAAUUAUUCAAAUACACAGUUCGAUGAACAAAAAAAUUUCUCAAAUGAUUAUGUUGAAAGUAAGCAGCCCUUUGGUUACUCCAAUCAAUCAUUUCAUGGUGGACAACAACACUCUUAUGCCCCUCAUGUUAAAAGAUCAUCAGCUGGGCGUCCUCCUCACGCCUUGGUAACCUUUGGAUUUGGUGGAAAACUCGUGUUAAUGAAAGAUUCUAGUCUUUCGAGCUCAACAUAUGAAAGUCAGAGUGUCGUACAAGGCUCUAUUUCUGUGUUAAACUUGAUGGAAGUUGUCUCAGGAAGUAUUGAUUCUUCCAGUAUUGGAAAUGGCGCUGGUGAUUAUUUUCGUGCUCUCGGCCAGCAAUCAGUCCCAGGUCCAUUGAUUGGUGGGAGUGUUGGAAGUAAAGAGUUGAACAAAUGGAUAGAUGAGAGGAUUGCACACUGCAGGUCCUCUGCCGUGGAUUAUAAGAAAAGUGAAAGAAUGAGACUUCUUCUCUCUUUGCUUAAAAUAGCUUGUCAAUAUUAUGGAAAACUACGUUCUCCUUUUGGUACAGACGCCAUACUAAAAGAAAAUGAUACUCCUGGGUCAGCAGUUGCCAGACUCUUUGCUUCUGCUAAGAUGAAUGGUAAGGAGUGUGGUGUACUGAGCCAUUGCCUGCAAAAUUGGCCUUCUGAAGCACAAAUGCGGGCAACGGCUUCUGAGGUACAAAAUCGUCUUGUCUCUGGAAAAAAGAAGGAAGCUUUGCAAUAUGCACAAGAAGGUCAAAUGUGGGGACCUGCACUUGUUGUUGCUUCACAACUUGGUGAAAAGUACUAUGUUGAUACAGUGAGGCAAAUGGCACUUCGUCAACUGGUUGCAGGGUCUCCUCUGCGCACACUAUGCCUUCUAAUUGCCGGGCAACCAGCUGAAGUUUUCUCUUCUGACAGCUCAAAUAGUGUCGACCCUAGUGCUUUAAAUAUGCCUCAGCAUCCUGCACAGUUUGGAUCUAUUGGCAUGCUUGAUGAUUGGGAGGAGAACUUGGCUGUAAUAACUGCGAAUAGAACCAAAGAUGAUGAGCUUGUAAUAAUUCACCUUGGUGAUUGCUUGUGGAAGGAAAGAAGUCAAAUCAUUGCUGCACACAUCUGUUAUUUAAUCGCUGAAGCAAACUUUGAGUCAUACUCAGACACUGCAAGGCUUUGUCUAUUAGGAGCUGAUCACUGGAAAUUUCCUCGAACUUAUGCUAAUCCAGAGGCUAUCCAGAGGACCGAGUUGUACGAAUAUUCGAAGGUGCUUGGAAACUCUCAGUUUAUUUUGCUUCCGUUUCAGCCAUAUAAGCUUAUAUAUGCAUAUAUGCUAGCCGAAGUGGGAAAGGUUUCAGACUCGUUGAAGUACUGCCAAGCAGUGCUGAAAUCCUUAAAGACUGGCCGUGCACCAGAAGUUGAAACAUGGAAACAAAUGUUAUCAUCUCUCGAGGAGAGGAUUCGAACCCACCAACAGGGAGGGUAUGCGGCAAAUUUGGCUCCUGGCAAAUUAGUGGGCAAAUUGCUGAAUUUUUUUGAUAGUACUGCACAUCGAGUUGUUGGUGGUUUACCACCACCUGCUCCAUCAUCAUCCUCACAAGGAAUUGUCCAUGGAAAUGAACAAAAUUAUCAGCCCGGGGCACAUAGAGUGUCUAACAGCCAAUCAACAAUGGCUAUGUCUUCCUUAGUUUCAUCUGAUUCAAUGGAACCCAUCAGUGAGUGGACAGCUGACAAUAAUAAAAAGACAAAACCUAAUAGAAGUGUUUCAGAGCCAGACUUUGGUAGAAGCCCCCGGCAGGAAACCUCACCUGACUCCCAAAGCAAAGCGACAGGGGGCACAUCUCGCUUUUCUCGUUUUGGUUUUGGCUCACAGCUUUUGCAAAAGAUCACAGUGGGUCUAGUCUUGAAACCUCGCCCUGGAAAACAGGCUAAAUUGGGUGAAAAGAACAAGUUCUAUUAUGAUGAAAACCUGAAAAGAUGGGUAGAGGAAGGUGCAGAACCUCCAGCUGAAGAAACUGCACUGGCACCACCUCCAACAACUGCAACUUUCCAGAAUGGUUUAACUGAUUACAACUUGAAAUCUGCAUUGAAGACAGAAGGAACGCUUUCUAAAGAUAAAACUUCAAAUCCUGAACUUACUCCAGGGUUCCCACCUAUACCACCUAGCACAGGUCAUUUCUCCGCCCGUGGCCGCGUUGGUAUUCGAUCAAGGUAUGUUGACACCUUCAACCAAGGCGGUGGAAAUUCUACAAACAUGUUUCAGUCACCAUCUAUUCCAACUGCGAAACCUAUUGUUGCUGCCAAUGCCAAGUUUUUUAUUCCUGCUCCCGCGCCAUCAUUAAAUGAGCAGACAAUGGAGGCUAUAGAUGAAAACAACCAUGAAGAUAAUUUAGCUUAUGAAAAUCCUUCAACAUCAUAUAGUAAUGAUUGGUCAUUCCAAUCCCCCAAACCCCCACCACCAUUGGCCAGACAAAGGUGUCCGAGUGUGGGCAACUUUGCAGACCAUGGAGCAGUGGUGAAUGGCAGUAACUGUAAUUCUCCUCACUCACGACGGACAGUUUCAUGGGGUGGGAGUCCUGGUUGUCCAUUUAGUCCCACAAAAACACGUGAAAUUAUGCCUCUGGGGGAAGCUUUGGGAAUGCCGCCAUCAACAUAUAUGUCUGACGAUGUUUCUCUUAUGCGUUCGCCUAUGGGGAGUGGGAGUUUUGGAGAAGAUCUUCAUGAGGUUGAUCUUUGAGCAUAUAAUUAAGCUGUAAAUACCAAAUUUUGUUAAUGUCACCACUCAUCAGAGUACUUAGGACGUCCUGCUGCAUUCUUUUGAUGCUCCUAUUGCCGGCAUGCAUCAGGUGAAAUUCAUGAAAAAGGAAAAGACAUCUUCCCCUGACAAUUUUUUCGCCCCAUCCCUUGUUUUUGUUUUAAAUGCCAAGGGAGUUAACACUAGCCACCGUCUAAGGCUAAGGAACUGGUGUCUUUGUAGCAAGGGAUAUACCACAUAGAUGAGUAGUAGUGCCACUCAUUUGUUCAUUCUAUUAAACAAGGAAACACAAUAUGUUCCUCGAGGAAAAUAGGCCUCCACAUAUCAAAGGACAAAAGCAUAGUCUAUGGAAUGUGAAUGUGAAAUAGUCUAAGUUUUGCCCCUCUUGUAAUUGUUCCAGUUAUGAAAUGGAAUUUAAUUUACAUGAG